UUCUGUGAUAACCUCAAAAUGAAUGUCGUUUAAUCGAUAGCGGUGUUUUACAUUAUCGUUUUAUUUCUGCCGACCUGAGCAUCGUACUGUGCGUGUAUACGACAACAUAACAUCGUUUAUUAUUUCGUCGCAUGUUUCAGCGUUUAGAACAUGUCCACUUCAGAGGAGGUGAUGGAAAAUCUGACAGCGCAAGUGAACGAGCUGCAGGCUCUACAGUCGGUCUAUCCGACGGAACUUGUAGUGGCGGAUUAUGGGGUUUUGGCUGACAUCAACAGCUACAUCGAGUGUCCUGGUGGAGAUCUACCACGCUGGCUAGAAUACGCUAUCGCGAUCCCAUUGAAUGGAAAACUGAUAGAGUUAAUGGUGAGUUUGCCAACUAACUAUCCCCAGGAGCAGCCUGAGGUGUACGCAAGAAGUUCUCAACUGGACAGAACGCAGCAGUGCCUAUUGAACAAGGAGCUUUCUAUUGUCAUCAAAACCCAGGAGACAGGAGAGCCAUGCAUCUACACACUGAUAUCAUGGCUACAGGAUAAUGUGGAAACUUAUCUAAAAGCUUCCACAUGUAAUCAAACAAUGAAGUGUAAUGAUGCAAAUGAAAAUAACACCAGAGAUCAAGCUGCUGUCUUCUCUCGAUAUUGGAUUUACAGUCACCACAUAUAUAGCAAGUUCAAGCGACGAGAUGUAGCCAAUCUGGCAAAAGAAAACUCAAUCACAGGGUUCUGCUUAGCUGGCAAGCCAGGAAUCAUUUGCAUUGAGGGAACUCUGGAAGAUUGUGACUAUUGCUGGCAAAAAAUCAGAUCUAUGAACUGGCACAAGAUAUUGAUCAAACUGCUGGAAAAAGAGGAAGAUUGCAACAAUGUGGAGAGCUUACGCAGGUUUACAGAUUUUCAAGAGGUCUCUUUCCCCACUACUGAGCGCCAUAAUGACAUGGGUCAACUUCUCAAGUAUCUAACUGAGCAUGACUGUCAGCACGCAUUCAAAGAACUUUUCGGUAUCGAAGGAAAGUUCAGCAAACUGUCAGAUUAACAUAAUUGUAUGAUAAAAAUGUUGAUGAAAAUAUAUAAUAUGGUAAAUAUAUUUUUUUAUAUAAUAAUAAAUUGAGUAAACUCGGA